AUGGCAGCUACUAGUAUUGGGACACCCCAGAUAUGCUGUGUUUGGUAUUGUUCUGAUGAGCUUUUUCUUCAGGUAGUUCCCCAGGUAGUUCCACUUCUGAUGAAGGCGAUUGGUUGGCAAGGUGGAAGCAUCCUAGCUCUUGAAACCUUAAAGCGUGUUGUAGUUGCAGGGAAUCGAGCAAGAGAUGCACUUGUUGCACAGGGUCUCAAGGUUGGUCUUGUGGAAGUUCUUCUUGGCCUUCUUGAUUGGCGAGCUGGGGGAAGAAAUGGGCUUUGUUCACAGAUGAACUGGAAUGAGUCAGAAGCAGCAAUUGGCCGGGUUCUUCAAAUUGAGAUGCAGGCUUAUUAAGGAGUUCUUCCAUACUCUCGCAUAGGAUGGGCAGGAUAAGGUCAGCUAAUAGUGGGGUCUAGUUUGGAUCUAGGUAAUAGAACC